AUGGCUCAUUGGAAAAAGGAAAAUCAGUGCAGCAUGUGUAAACAAACUUCCAGCAUUGAAGGUGAUGAUGUACUAAUAUUUGGCGAGUGGAUGACCAGCAAAGACUUAACGAUACAUUAUUACUGCCUAUUGUUAUCCACUAAUAUACCUCAGAACGGCAAUGAUGCCUCCGGUAUUUUGGGUUUCCUAUUUCGUGAUAUACGUAGAGAAAUUGCGGAGGCUACUAAACGAAUAUGCAAAUAUUGCUCAAAGUCUAGCGCCACAAUAGGCUGUAAAAUAUGCAAGGAAUAUUUUCAUAUAACUUGUGGUCAUCUUAACGAAUGUUUAUUUCAAUUUGUGGGAGAAUUUAAUUCAUAUUGCCACGCUUGUCUGCCUUUAAAUGAUUACCAACAACAAUUGAUGAAUUCCAAAUGUUCCGGCGAUCAUACUGUGUGUUUUAUCUGCACUAAGCGUAUGUACAAUUAUCAUCCUAAAAAUUGGAUUUAUGCGGAGUGCUGUAAAAAUGGGUUUGUUCACAACUUAUGCAUGCAAAAAUACGCCUUAAGCGCUGGCUACUAUUUGAAAUGCAUUUGGUGUAAGGACGGGGAAUUUCGAGAUGCGGUAAAGCUGCAGGGCAUAUUUGUGCCGGAUCGUGAUGCAAAGUGGGAGCUUGAGCCGAAUGCCUACAAAGAUUUGCAUUGCGGUUACAAUCGUUGUGACAUGAAAAAAUGCAAAUGUCCUAGAGGGCGCGAAUACGUAGAAUACAUAGAAGGACGCAAGUGGUUUUUGAGCCUAUGCAAGCUUUGUGGUUCAUUUGGUGCUCAUAAUCCGACUUGCAUACCCGGAUUCGAAAGUUCCAAAGAAAAGGUUGAAGACUUCAAAUGCGAUAUGUGCUUGGCCAUCGAACGUUCCCUCGACCUAACAUCUAAUACAGGAGAAACUGUUAACGAAUUGUUUGAUACAAGUCUCUAUAUAAACAAAACUCGAAUUAAACCACAGUCGCCAUUUCUGUUACAUGAAAAUGCAGAAUUUUCAGACGAGAGCACGUCUUCGAUGGUUACGGUUAUACUCUCUCAAAAGACAAAGAGAAAAAACGUUCCUGUUGUAGUAACAGACUCAAAUGGUUUAGUUGAUAACAUUGAGGAACCUGUACAAGCUUUAACAUCGGGCACGGAUAGGCUCUGUGGCGAAACUUACGACGAGAGUGUCGAAAUGCGUGCUGAUGAAAUGCAGUUAGAUGAUGGAUUCCUAAUCUUUGAUAUGUACGAAUUCACUGAUUCUCUCGAUUGCUCGGCCAAAGUUAAAGUUAAAGUGAAACUUAAUGAUGCACGUUUUGCUGGCAAAACGCUAGACGAAAUAAAACGUAGUAAUAACUUAAUUAAUAUGGAAGAUAUUGUUGAGCGCAAUAAACAAUUUUACGUCACAUUUCUGGACUUAUGCGAAGUGGCUUAA